GUAACAAUUUUUUAUCUAUGUCAUAUGCCUAAUUGACGCAUCGUGGGACGCUUUUCGCGCUGUGUAAUUUAUUAUUUCUGUAGUUCCUUGUUUUAUUUAAAAUGUCGGGUAUUGCGAGUGCUCGUCUCGCGGAAGAAAGAAAAGCUUGGCGUAAAGACCAUCCCUUUGGGUUUGUUGCGAGACCUAUGAAAAACCCUGAUGGCUCACUGAACUUGAUGACAUGGGAAUGUGCAAUUCCAGGAAAAAAAGGGACACCCUGGGAAGGUGGACUAUAUAAGUUGCGUAUGAUCUUUAAGGACGAUUACCCCUCAAGCCCACCAAAAUGUAAAUUUGAACCCCCACUAUUCCACCCAAAUGUCUACCCUUCCGGAACUGUUUGCCUUUCGCUACUUGAUGAAGAAAAGGACUGGCGCCCAGCAAUAACAAUCAAACAAAUUCUGCUUGGAAUACAAGACCUUCUUAAUGAGCCUAAUGUUAAAGACCCUGCCCAGGCUGAAGCUUACACAAUCUAUUGUCAAAACCGGCUAGAAUAUGACAAGAGAGUAAGAGCACAAGCACGUGCAAUGGCAGCCACUGAAUAAAACUCAAAUCAAUUCAACUCACUUAAAGGAAUUUGUUUUGCAUCAUAAUAUAGGAAAAUUGACUGUUUAUAAGGGCUGUGUCUUCAGAUUUCAUUUUUAUGAAGGUGAUCAAGUGUUGUUCAAGUUUUGAAUAAUACCAUAUGUCAAAUUAUUUGCAAAAACAAUAAUUUCCUUAUAGGGUUGUCAUAAGAAUUAUGGCUACAAAUGACAUCAAUUUUUCUAUAUUUUGUAGUAAAGUGAUUGUACUUUGAAUAUAGUCAUAAGGAUUGUUAAAAUUUUAAUUUCUUGUAGGAGACAUUAAUAAUUUAACAGUAAUGUUCAUUCAAGUGUAUACUUGAUUUUCAAUGAUUUUCUAAUUAAAAAAUGAAGUCCAUAGCCAACAUUUUCGUGUUUUCCAUGUAAAAUUUAAAUAAAAGCCUUAAUUUAUUUCAUUUCAACAAAAAGGGUGUAAAAUAAUUUUUUAUUGGAGGAUAUGUGAAGUAAGACUGGUGAGAUUAAAAGUUAUGACUAGAAGCUUUCAAUAAAUUUGUAAAAGCAUUCGUUCUUGUAAACAACUGUAUUGCAGAUAAAAUCACUGUAGAAUCGGUAAUAUCUCAGAUGAGUUGCGAUAAGAAUCUUAACUAUGAUUUUAAACUAUUUUUGUAUCUUUAUGUUAGUAU